AUUUCAAUUGGCGCUUGCAGUGCAGAAAGAAAAAAGAUGACAAGAUGGCAAGACAUGAAAAGGUUAAAGGGAAAACAACAGGCAAACAUCUUCCUGGAAUUUUCUACCCAAGUAACUUUUGUAGUUGACCACCAGGAUGAGAAGGGCCUACUACAUACUCUUGUUCCUCCUUUUAUCCCUCAUCGUCGUGAGAUCCUCACCAGUACCUCAGGACGAGGGCGGCGGAGGCGAGGAUGACCAAGGCGAGGAUACUGGCAACGGUGCCGAAGAUACCGGCAAACCUCCAAAAGCGCCAAAAGAGCCGAAACAGCCAAAGCCGCCGAAACCGGAAAAGGCACCCAAGGGCAAGGCUAAAGGCCAACAAGUGCCGAGCUCCAUCACCAAUCCGCCGACACCAGACCCAAUAUUCACUGUGGAGACAUUCACAGAAGUAUCGACGACAACAGAGUUACCUACGUUUACCCCGAUAGUUCAAUCAUUCCCACCACCGCCUCCUGAUAUCACAAUCAGUACAAUAAAUACAAUAAAUAUCCCAUCACCUAUGAGUACGACGUAUGAGGAGACUCCAACGUCCAUUUCGACGGAUGCAAGCUUGCCAACCACAAGACCAGCUCCAUCCAUAAACACCCGUCCACCGCCACCUAGAUCAACGUCUGGUGACUAUGCAACCAUGUCAGAAAUGUCCAUCAUGUCGAAAAGUCCCGCAGCUGAAUCAAAGGAGCGGACUGUGAAAAUUGUAGUACCUAUAUUCACAAUACUAGGUGCUGCACUAGGCGUUGCCGGACUAAUGUACCGGCGAAAAAGAUUAUCGAAACAGCAACUGGUGAAAGACUUUACUGGCACGGACGCUGCAAAUAUGGUUCGACCUGUUCCGGUUUUGGAUAAUGAUUCGGAUGAAACUUUGAAUAGUGGCUCAGAUACGAGGGGUGGUAGCAGUGGUGCAUUGGAGAGUGAUGGAGCGCCAUUAAUUCAAAAGCCCGAACCUGCAGCGUCAGGACGGUCCUUUGCUCCAAUGGCGUUCCUUCGAAAGAGCAAAUCGCUGUUCCGCUUGCCAGCAAGUCCAACCAUCAGUUCAGCAACGGAAGCCAAAGAAGAAAACAACUUGGGCGAGUCUCCCACAAUUCCCUCGCCGAUCCCUCCUGAACGUACUACUUCCAAUGAGCGCACGAUCACAAUCGAUUUUACAUCGCCUCCGACGUUGCAGAGACCAGAAAAGAUAGACAUUGCUACGCCCCAAACAGUCAUACUGUUAGAACCAGAGAUGGCUCAGAGAGGUAGCGGAUUCAGCGCUUUCGGAGAAAUUCCAUCGAUAUCCAAUGACCAGCGGGAGACUGCGUCAAGAAACAGUGUACAUUCCGUAACGAGUGACGAUGAUACAAUUAAAGACUUUCCCGCCGCUGAAAACCCAAUAUAG